AUGUUCGGCCGCACGCCCCUCAUCCUCAUCUUUACCACCUUCCUUGUCCUCGCGCGCUCCGCCAGCGCGCUAUAUUUCUACCUCGAGCCGGAUGUGCCCAAAUGCUUCCUCGAAGAGCUGCCGAACGACACGGUGGUAGUCGGGCACUACAUGACCGAGGAAUGGGACACAACACUGCAACGUUUCAUUGUCAAGGACGAUAUGGGCAUCCACAUCUCGGUGCGCGAAGUCAAAGACGACCAUGUGGUGACCUCCUCCCGCGGGCCACCGGAGGGCAAGUUCGCGUUCACAUCGCACGAGGCGGGCGACCACCGCAUCUGCAUGCAGGCCAAAUUCGACGGGCGCUCUGCGGUGCAGGUCAGGAUGCACCUCGAUAUCAUUAUUGGCGAUGCGAAGCCGGACAACUCGCACAAGGACAAAUCGCACGUCAACGAUCUCGCGCAGAGGGUCAGGGAUCUGAAUGCACAGCUGCGAGAUAUCAGGAAGGAGCAGCAGUACCAGAGAGAGCGCGAGGCCCAGUUCAGGGAUUUGUCGGAGCUGACAAACUCGAGAGCGUUGUGGUGGAGCAGCUUGCAACUCAUCACGCUGCUGGGCGCCUGUGUUUGGCAGUUGCGCCAUCUCAGGGGAUUCUUCGAGGACAAGAAACUGCGCUGA